CUCACUACGUACCUGUAAUUCCCACAGCCUUCCAACUUCCAACCACAAGGCCGCACCCACCACAAGGCAAAACGCCCCCUGUACACAGACGACGCUAUCGUGCGCACCGUCCUUUCUCUUCCUCAUACCCCCAAUCCAAUCAAAUCCAAUCUAAUAUCGACUCAUAUCUCUUCUUAGAGUCUCCUCUCCUCCUCGUAUACCCAUAUUAUUUUUCACACAAUUCAAUCAUUCUUUCAUACCACUUUAUUCUUCUCUAUCAAUCCCCUCAAUUAGAUUUUUUUUGUCGGUUCAAAGAAAAGAAGAUUUUCACUUGUAUGCGGUGGACUUAGCAUGCAUAUCAAUCUCUAUUUGAACUUCUCAUUACUGAACAUGUGGGCCUGCUUCAUGUUUCUCUACAUUAGUCAAAAGAAUCAGCACAGGAACAGUUGCAAUUUCAAAAAGGUUUAAAUCAGUUGAUGCUCUUUGUGAUUGGAGGAUAAAUUUAGACAAGUUAUCAUAUUGCAUGGGGAAGGAUGCCAGAUUUGAGAAGUGGGAUUCCUAAAUCUAAGAGGGUCAACAAUAUCCAGGAAAAUCCUGCUGUUUUGGUACCAACACGUCGGCGCGGCACUGGAAGAGGUAAGGGAUCCAAAGCUGCAGUCCUGAAAUCACCUCCUCUUAGUCCAGUUGACCCAGGACAUCCUUCUACAAGGCCAAGGUCUGUUGGUAGAGGCAGAGGUAGAGGGUGUAAAGCAAUGAAUCAAGACAAGAAUGCCGAGCUUUUCGGCACUGGCAUCGGGGCCCGGGUUCAAGCCGGUUUUGAUCCAGAAAUGAGAGAAGUGGCUGCUAUUCCUGCUGAGUUGGCAGUAGAGAGAAGUGCAAAACAAUUGGCUGCUGCUGAGGGGGAAGGAAGCACAAAUCCACUUCCUGAAAGGGUGAAGCUUGGCAAUUCCCCAGCUUACAAGUUGGAGAGAAAGCUGGGAAAAGGGGGAUUUGGGCAAGUUUAUGUUGGAAGAAGGGUGACAGGUGGCUCAGGGCGCACCGGCCCAAAUGCUGUUGAGGUGGCUUUGAAAUUCGAGCAUCGAAAUAGUAAAGGAUGCAGUUAUGGCCCUCCUUUUGAGUGGCAAGUUUACAGCACUCUUAAUGGUUGCUACGGAAUUCCUUUGGUACAUUACAAAGGUCGACAAGGAGACUAUUAUAUCCUUGUCAUGGAUAUGCUAGGCCCGAGUUUAUGGGAUGUCUGGAACUCUAAUAACCAGAUGUUGUCUGAAGAGAUGGUUUCUUGCAUAGCAGUGGAGGCAAUAUCAAUCCUCCAGCAGCUUCACUUUAAGGGUUUUGUGCAUGGAGAUGUAAAGCCAGAGAACUUUUUGCUUGGUCAGCCUGGAAGUUCUGAUGCGAAAAAAUUGUACUUAGUUGAUCUUGGAUUGGCUUCAAGGUGGAGGGAUUCAUCUUCCGGUCAUCACGUUGAUUAUGACCAAAAGCCUGACGUUUUCAGGGGGACCGUACGUUAUGCGAGUGUUCAUGCCCAUUUGGGUAGGACAGGAAGCAGAAGGGAUGACCUUGAGUCCCUAGCUUAUACACUAAUAUUCCUUCUUAGAGGGAAGCUUCCAUGGCAAGGCAUUGUUGGUGAAAAUAAAGGAUUCCUUGUUUGUAGAAAGAAGAUGGGUACUUCCGCUGAGAUGCUUUGUUGUUUAUGUCCACCUCCUUUUCGACAAUUUCUUGAAAGGGUGACCAACAUGAAAUUCGAUGAAGAACCGGACUACUCGAAGCUUAUUUCUCUUUUUGAAGGCAGCAUAGGUCCCAACCCAGUAUCGCUACCCGUUAGAAUAGAUGGCGCCUUGAAGGUGGGCCAGAAAAGGGGGAGAUUGCUUGUGGAUUUGGAGGAUGGUGCACAGCCUCGCAAGAGAGUACGAUUAGGUACUCCAGCUUCUCAGUGGAUCUCUGUCUAUAGUUCCAGAGUGCCAAUGAAACAGAGAUAUCACUUCAACGUAAUGGAUUCGAGACUGUACCAGCAUGCAGAGAAAGGAAAGGAAGAUGGUUUGUACAUUAGCUGCAUAGCUUCUUCAGGAAAUUUGUGGGCGGUUGUUAUGGACGCAGUUACAGUUUUUACAUCCCAGGUCUAUGAGCUCUCACCUGUUUUCUUGCGCAAGGAGUGGAUAAUGGAGCAGUGGGACAAGAACUAUUACAUCACUUCAUUUGCUGGCGCAUGCAAUGGCAGUGCCUUUGUGGUAAUGUCCAAGGGCACGGCUUAUACUCAACAGUCAUACAAAGUUAGCGAUGUAUUUCCUUUCAAAUGGAUCAAUAAGAAGUGGAAAGACGGCUUCUCUGUUACCUCCAUGUCCACAGCUGGUAGCAGGUGGGGCGUUGUAAUGUCCCGAAAUGCUGGUUAUUCUGACCAGGUUGUUGAACUUGAUUUCCUUUACCCAAGUGAAGGAAUUCAUAGAAGGUGGGAGAAUGGAUACCGAAUAACAUCAACUGCUGCAACGGCAGAUCAAACUGCAAUUAUUCUUAGUACGUCCAAGAGGAAAUUACAAGAUGUUACUCAAGAAACUUUGCGAACAUCAGCCUUUCCUAGCACUCACGUUAAGGAUAAAUGGUCAAAUAAUUUGUACAUCUCAUCCAUCUGUUAUGGGAGAACAACAUCUUGAAGUACGAGAAAUGAAAGGAGAAACUCAACUAACUGGUUGGCUCUUUUCUGAGGAAAAAAUAACUGAGAAGAAGUGCUGGAAACUGCAAUACAUAUGGAUGAUUUGCUUACAGAAAUAUAGAGUUUAUUAAAUGGAGAGAGAACCCACAAAGAGACUUGAUCUGGCGGCUGUUAUGGCUUCCUAUUUCCUGAUCACGUCCAGAAAGUUGUUGAUUGAGUUUCCCAUAGGUUUACACUUCUCAAUGUUGUACUCGUGUAGAUCAAAAUAUGGUGAAUUAUGUAAUGCAGACGGCUUGUCUGCUGUUUGGGUGGUGGAGUGCACCCGUGCAGCGUGGCCAGCUCCGACCCGUUUUGUGCUAAUUUCGAUUAUCAUAUUCCUUCACAUUGCAGAGCUUAUUGAGUUCAACCGUGGAAUCAAAAAUCAAGUCAGUCCGAUUGGAAAAAAAGUACUCUUCAAGUUGUGUAUUCCACCUGCCCAACACCUUUUGUUUUUGUGUAAACGUGCUAUGAUUAAAUAUUACUUGAUAUUCGAUCGAUUUGAUUUUUCA